UGCUGGAGGCGGGGCCUAGCUGGACCGCAGCCAAAUUGGGCAUCUUUUUCGGAGAACGUAGAGCCGCCUAUGUAGAGCGAAGUGAAGCUGGAUAAACUGGGACCGAUGAUGUGGCGACCAUUACUUCUGCUGCUGCUGUUGCUGCUCAGACGCGGGACCCAGGGCAAGCCAUCCCCUGACGCAGGCCCUCAUGGCCAGGGCAGGGUGCACCAGACGGCCCCCCUGAGCGAGGCCCCUCACGAUGAUGCCCACGGGAACUUCCAGUACGACCAUGAGGCUUUCCUGGGACGGGAAGUGGCCAAGGAAUUCGACCAGCUCAGCCCAGAGGAAAGCCGAGCCCGACUGGGGCGCAUCGUGGACCGCAUGGACCGCGCGGGGGAUGGGGACGGCUGGGUGUCGCUGGCCGAGCUCCGUGCUUGGAUCUCGCAUACGCAGCAGCGGCACAUACGCGACUCGGUGAGCGCCGCCUGGAACACGUACGACACGGACCGCGACGGCCGUGUGGGUUGGGAGGAGCUGCGCAACGCCACCUAUGGCCACUACGCGCCGGGUGAAGAAUUUCACGAUGUGGAGGAUGCUGAGACCUACAAGAAGAUGCUGGCUCGGGAUGAGCGGCGGUUCCGGGUGGCGGACCAGGACGGGGACUCGAUGGCCACUCGGGAAGAGCUGACAGCUUUCUUGCACCCGGAAGAGUUCCCGCACAUGCGGGACAUCGUGAUAGCUGAAACCCUGGAGGAUCUGGACAAGAACAAGGAUGGUUACGUCCAAGUGGAUGAGUACAUCGCGGAUCUGUAUUCGGCCGAGCCCGGGGAGGAGGAGCCGGCCUGGGUCCAGGCCGAGCGGGAGCAAUUCCGGGACUUCCGCGAUCUGAACAAGGAUGGGCGGCUGGACGGCAGUGAGGUGGGCCACUGGGUGCUACCCCCGGCCCAGGACCAGCCGCUGGUGGAGGCCAACCACCUGCUACACGAGAGCGACACGGACAAGGAUGGGCGUUUGAGCAAGGCCGAGAUCCUGAGUAACUGGAACAUGUUCGUGGGCAGCCAGGCCACCAACUACGGCGAGGACCUGACACGUCACCAUGACGAGCUCUGAGCCCCAGGCCCCAGGGCGCCUGCUACGAGACUUGUAGCCCGACAGGGUGACCCAAGGAGGGGCCCCCGUGGCCAGACCCCCCCUCCCCAUCUGGACCUGUAGCAUGUGGACACCUCUAUCCACCCUGUGUCCCUCUGCCCGAGCUCUCAGGGACACAGCAGGUCAACUUCUCCAAGACACUGCAACACCCCCAGCCCUUCCCACCCCACCCUCAGGAGGCUCAGAGACCCAAAGGGUAAGUGAACAUCUGUUUCUCAUUGGCAGAAUCAUCCAGCCCAGCCCAGGGCUCCCCUCAAUACUAAGCUCAGGCUCCAAGAGCCUCCACUGAGCACCCCAGCUCCAAAUCUGAGCCUCAGAUCACACAGCAGAGAAACACUCCCCCUCACUGGCCUCAGACUCGCCUGCCCCCCGGCCCUGCCCCCAGGAUGCCUCCUCUCUGCCAGGGAGGCAAUAAACUCCAGUGCUGGGG